ACAAGUCAUGUCGCGCUGAAUCAGUUUCUCUAAUGAUUCAUCGUGAAUCUUUAGCGUUUGUUUAACAUUACUAUUUGACACCUCUAAGUCCCCUCGUCAGCCUCUCUCCGGGUGUUGUUCGGUCCGAUGUUUACCCACUUUCCACUUUUGAAGUGGGUAUGGCUUCUUGGAAGAUUAACAGAAAGUAUUCGUGCUGAAAUGCAGCUAUUGCGUACAUAUCCACUUAGUUGGAUUCGUCAUGUACACCAAUAUGAUGGAAAGAUAAGAUGGUCGAGUUUUAGGAUUUGAGCUCGAGCAGGAAAGUGAUUAAAAGCGUUGGGUUUGUACAACUUGAGCUUCUCUUUCGCUUACACCGAUACACUCUUUUUUGUUCAGCCAUUGUGAUCUAGAACCAUUUACCAUUGUGAGAGUUGUCUAUUCAAGAGCUAUUUGAGAUCUUGAGAACAUGUCUGUGUCGGAAGUCCUUCCAGCACAGGAGCAUGUGUCGAUCAAAGAGAAGCUCCGAAGAUUCUAUCGCGGCACCUUAUUUCAAGUCAUCAUUUUAGGUCUAAUCAGCUUCACCCAACCCGGAAUAUGGAGUGCAAUAUCAAAUCUUGGCGCAGGUGGGCAAGCUGAGCCAUAUGUUGUAAACAAUUCUUAUGUCGUUACCUUUGGUAUCAUGAUCUUCUUGUCGCCAGUUGCAGCUAUUGUUGGUAACAUAGUUGGAAUGAGAUGGGUUUUGAUGUUUGGCACUAUCGGUUAUGUGCCGUACUCAGCAGCCUUGUACUGUAAUACUGUGUACGGCACUCAAUGGUUCAUGCUAUUUGGAGCUGCUACGUGCGGUCUUUCGGCAUCUGCACUUUGGACUGCUGAAGCGGCCAUUGCAGUUAGCUAUCCUGAGCCUGCAAAACGUGGAAUGUAUGUUGCCAUUUGGCUGGCAAUCAACAAAAUUGGUGGCGUCGCAGCAUCCGCGGUCACACUGGCCCUCAACAUAGAUGGCAGGCAAAAAGGGACAAUAGACCCCAAGACGUAUCUGGCUCUCAUUGCACUGCAAUGUCUUGGACUGCCACUCAGCUUCCUGAUCUCUCCUCCCGAGAAAGUGAUUCGAGAGGACGGCACGAAAGUUUGCAUUGGGAAUCCCGAUCGAAGAAUCAAAACACAAGUUAAAGCUCUCGGGAAAGUUUUCAAACGCAAAGAGGUCUGGCUUCUGAUCCCGGUUUUCAUCAGCAAUGGCUGGGGUGGAACUUACAACGGAAACUUCAUGGCUGCAUACUUUUCGGUUCGAUCGAGAGCAUUGCUCUCAUUUCUGAACUCAACAGUUCUUGCCAUCCUCGACAUCGUGAUUGGUAGAGCUCUGGAUCUGAAACGGUUGCUAAGUGCACUUGGCUCAUCAUCACAGCGCUUUUCUCCGCAAUGUGGAUCUGGACUAUUGUUCUACAAGUCGAUUUCGCGUCGAAGGGAUCAAUUAGUUUGGACUGGUCAGAUUCUGGAUUCUCGUAUGCUGCCGGGAAUAAUUUCUUCUACAAAAUCUUAAGUGAAGUCAUUUUUGUUUGGGUAUACUGGAUAAUUGGCACAUAUGAUUCCGAUAUCGACACCCUUGCUUUAACAAGCGGGAUAGUUCGAAGUGGCGAGUCACUAGGACACACCUUGUCAAGCAAAGUUGGCUCCCUGAAGGAAGUCACGCUCCUUACGAACAUCAUUGUUGCAGCAGUUGUGUUCUGGGCUUCGGUUCCUUCCACGACCUGGGCUUCAUGGCUUGUUCCGGACUUCCCUCAUAGCAGUCUUGAGGACGAUGACGAGGGAUCUGUUGAGGAGGUCGCCGCACCUAAUCAGGUAAAAGUCUAAACUAUAAGUUACAAAAAAUCUAGUUAGUUGAUCUUACGGGCUACCAAAAGAAAAGAGGUGCUAUCGAGGAUGAGUUGUCGCGAGGCGGCUGAAAAGUGGGGAUGAGGGAUUCCGCAAAGUUGAUACAGCGAGCAGUGUUAUUACCGGCAAAAGAAGGGAAGAAAUUAUUUCAGAAGCGUCCAU